CUCUCUCUCUCUCUCUCUCUCUCUCUGUCUCUAAUUCCCUGGCAUUCCUCCAUCUCUUUAUUUUAUAUAUUUAGUGUGAUAAAAUAAAAAGGUAUUAAGCACCUUAAUCAUUUUUGUAUAUAAAUUGACUGUACUUUUAUUUUAUGUACUUUGGAGUCAGACCUUGACCAGCCACCCCCCUGUGAGAGGGCCUAUUGUAAAGAGCUGAGGCAGAGCAACUAUAGGCCACACACCCCUCUCCAACUUCAGUGUGGUUUCCAUCCAUCACACAUUAGUUAGGCUUCCGUAAAAGAUUUGGAACAUUUAAAGCUGAUGUGUGUGAAAAAUGGAGGCACAGCUAUGCUUCAGUAGAAACGUAUUACUGUUGGGGAAUAGCGAUAAAUAUCUGGCUAAUAGAAAUUCAAGUUCAAUGGCUAAAUCCUCUUUGGAACCAUCUGCGUGGUUUAAGCCACAUUCACUUCCCCUUUGGAAUGCAAACAGAUGACAACAUUGGCCGCAGGUCUUGGCUAACUGCUGCUUUGAGCUUCUGGAGGCUUUGGUAUGCAACAAAAGAUAUUCCUACACGACGCAUACAUCUCCUGUUUGGUCAACAUGUUUUUGCAUCAACAUCAUCAAGGAUGAGUGUUUCUUAUAGUUAUAGUUAGAGAGUUCAGCAGCAAGAUAUGUUGUUUAUCCUGCAAGAAGGCUAUCCUGUGCCAAGCAAAUUAAGAAAAACACCGGGACAGACUUCUUUAGGACUGAUUAUUGAUAACUAUUAAUAUUGACAUUAGCCAUGUCAAAUGUGAGCGUUGACAUUGUUGACAAAAAUGAUAUGACUUUCACUGAUGCAUACUUCUGAGAGCGCGACACCAUGGUGUGAAUUUGGGAAUACUGAAUGAAAAUGUAAUUCUUAUUAAAACCUUUAACACAGAUGUGUGGUGAAGGCAGAUUACACUGAACAAAAUUAACAUUGAGAGCGGUAUGUAUCAAAGCAAAGGGAGAUAAAAUAUUUUGCUAAACAUGUUAAUAAUAUCUGAAAAUAUAGAAGUCCUAAUUUGUUAUAGCAUAACUUCUGUGGGGAUAUGGUGAUAGCGUGGCCCGGAAACCAAAAACCGCACUGUUUCCUGUUGCGCUACAGAGAUAUUUGGCCGACAAGAAAGUCAUUUGCUGAAGCUUUCAGAAGGGGAUUUAAUAAUUGUAUUUCUAAAGUGGCCAGUCCACACGCGGUUGGUUUGACCCUUCUUUCAAUAAUGUGUUGUCCGGACAGGAUGCCUCGUCUUCUCAACUGGAGGAGUUUACCACGGCUGUUUGUACUUGCCGUUGGCCAAUCAAACGCUUCAGAUCCCCCCCUCCAGCAACUGGAUUAGCUUAAACAAAUAUGCAGCUGAAGAAAGUGAAAUGCCUUGCCUCGUUCACUCAGAUUUCAGCUAGUCCGCUAUCAGACUUUGUAUUAUUAAUCAGAGAUCUGAUUUGUGACACUACCCAAAAUGUUAUGAUGUAUGUGCAAUACAUAACACCAUAGGUAAGCUUACUCCUCAGCGGGAGAAGGCAAAACCAAGGGAAUUAGCUCCAAUGGUAGAGCGCUUGCUUAGCAUGCGAGAGGUAUCCAGAUCAAUUCCUGCAUUCUCCACCUGGUUUUGAAUUAGUCAAUGGUCUUGUCAGAGCUAUCCUGUAAGGACUCGACUGACCUAUGAGUCACACUUAGCCAGACGUAAAAGGAAGCAAACCUUCCACACCUGUGCUUUAACAGUUGACAGUUCUCCUGAACAAUAUAGGUGCAAUAUACUGCAACAUUCGUUUUUUAUUUAGAUUUUUUUUUUUUUUGUGCCUUUAUGGACAGGAAAGUGAAGACAGACAGGAUAGCGGGUUGGAGAAGAAGGGACAUGACAUUUAGCAAAGGACCAUAGGUAGGUGGGAAUCUAACCUGGGAGGCUACAUGCCGGGGUGGAGCCACUGAGACGGUCCGGUGACAUUAGUUAUUUUCAGAUUUCAACAUUGACGUUAUCAGGGUUUAUGCUUCAAAUUAAAAAGGUCAGAAGAAAAAAUAGGCUUACAACUAAUAUUUAUCAAGAAGUAUUUUACUCUUGCCAGAAUACUAUUUGUGUGCCAAUUCUAGCUAAACAAAUAGAGAUGUGCUCUGCUUUAAUGCCCUUUUAAAGCCUUUUCCCAACGGACACAAACUGAGGAUGUUCAGCAUAUAAACAGAAGGGUGUUUACUGUACGUGUUAAAGUGUAAUUCUGGCGAAAAUUGAUCCCAGGGUCUUUUUCGCCCUACCGGUAGGUCCAUGUUUCCAGGAAGUCCACACAAGUCGAUUACCGGGUAUCAAGUAUCAAGAGGGGAGAUUUUUAUAUUAAAUUAUUUUGCACCUCUAUGAUAUUGUUUUGGGCUGUCACAUUGCUCUCGGCAAGUUCUAUACACGAUUAUGAACAAAAAAAAGUGUCUGGAGGGCUUAUUUUAUGGGUCCUCAUGCUGAAAAAUUCCUGGGUUAAAUUUUCGCCAGAAUUACACUUUAAGUCAUAUCAUCUAGUUUGGCCAUGCGGUUCAGCCAAGUCUUUCUAUUUACGGUGCAGCCGUAGUUGAUGGUCUUAUUUCACCACGCUGCUGGUCUUGGCGGAUAUUAUCAAUCACAAGUUCUCCAUGGUUGUCAUGUUUUCUAUUUCGUUAAGUGUCAGUGAGAUAUUACUUCGACUUUUUUCAGGUUUGCGUUUGUCUCCAGAUGUAUUCGUAUUUCUGGGAUGAAAAUGCCUACUGAGUUAACAGCCAUCAAAUCAAUUUUCACAUUCAAUAUGACACAUUGCCAUUGUGUGUGUGUGUGUGUGUGUGUGUGUGUGUGUGUGUGUGUGUGUGUGUGUGUGUGUGUGUGUGUGUGUGUGUGUAAAUCCGUGUUCAGUGUCUGUGGAUGCAAAUGGAUACCAUUGUUCUGUGUGUUUUUACUUGUUAUUAUGUGCACUGAUUUCCAUUAGAAGGCAUAUCUUUAUGUGUUAUUUUUCUCAGUAGAGACAUAUUGGAGUAAUAUUUCCAGGCAUCGUUGAUAAAAUUACACAGAAAAGGAUAACUCACCAUUCAGAGUUUCUUUGCUUUUAGAAUUUUUUUCUAUUUGCUUAUAGAUCCUGUUCCGGAUGUGAACAGGAUGUGUGUGUGUGUGUGUGUGUGUGUGUGUGUGUGUGUGUGUGUGUGUGUGUGUGUGUGUGUGUGUGUGUGUGUGUGUGUGUGUGUGUGUGUGUGUGUGUGUGUGUGUGUGUGUGUGUGUGUGUGUGUGUGUGUGUGUGACAGAAAUACAAUCUGUCUCUACAAUCAGUGUUCUUGAGUGCAUGUGUCUGUAUGUAUUAAUGUAUAAGUGUGUGCAUGCGUGUGACGAGGUCCUACAGGGGAUGGGUAAGAUAUCAAAAUUUCGCCAUUACGCCAUACCAUUCUUUUCAUGAAUAGCUCAAACCAGCUAGACCAAAAACAAUUGAGAUGGAUCAAGCACCUCUUCUGGUUUUGAUUCCAUGGAUCUCUCUCACUUGGUGAAGUUAGGCAGUAGGCCAUCUAGCUGUGUGUAACCUAGGUGCAACCAAACACAGUCUGGCAGGGAUCGGGAAACGACGUGUUCAAACAGUGUCCUGUCUCCUAACGUUACAUCCCGGCGUGCCUAGUCCCCUGCAGGGAUUUUCAAGCCGAGAAUGAAGUGUUUACACCCAUGUUGGACCUGCAUGAUUUAAUUCUAACUCCACACGGGCGUAUUGCUGUUCAUCGGUCUAGACCGCGGUGCCACCUAUUGUGGUUAAAUCUAGGAUUUUAGGUUUUGUUACAUUCCAAGAUAUUGUAGGUAUGUAUCUGAUUUCUGACAUCCUGGAAGUGGAACAGUGUGUUCACAGAAAGUAAAUACUCCAAAGAAGAGCUGUGUCUAUCAUAUCUGUUAUGUUGUGCAAUAUUGCUGCUCAUCAUGCGUUAUUUAUAGGCUGGGGACACUUUCCGUACUUACUGUUGGAGAGCCCAGUGUGAGAGUAUGUUUGUGUGAGUCAUGUGUGUUGGAGAUGGGUUAACACUUAUAUCUGGUAACCUUACUACUCAGUGGACGAGAGCUGCACCGGGGGAAUCAGCCAAAUGGAAUAGCACUCGCCUAGCAUGGGAUCAAUGGCAGCAUUUUCCAUAUUGAGAAUGUGAAAGGAACCACCAUGCCCACCACCACACACCUAUCCACGGAGUCCUCCUUCCUGGGUCUCCUUCCCUUCUCCAGCUUCUACCUGGGUCUGGAGCUGGAGCCCACAGUGUCCUCUGCGUUGGAGGGCCUGGCGUUUGUCGACAGCAACGUCAGUCGGCCUAGCAGCCCGCGGUGCACCUACAAGGAGGACUUCAAGCGCAUCCUUCUUCCUGCCGUCUACAGCCUCGUCUUCCUCAUCGGCCUGCCUCUGAACUCGGCCGUCAUUCUGAAGAUAUGGAGGCUGCGCCCCAACCUGUCACGCAACAACAUCUACAUGCUCAACCUGGCCAUGGCAGACUUCCUGUACGUGAUGUCACUUCCUCUGCUGAUAUACAACUAUGCCAGCCAUGACUAUUGGCCCUUUGGUGAGCUUGCCUGCAAAAUGGUUCGCUUCCAGUUCUACAGCAACAUGCACGGGAGCAUCUUCUUCCUCACCUGCAUCAGCCUGCAGAGGUACGUGGGCAUCUGCCACCCCCUGGCCAGCUGGCACAAGGAGGGCGGCCGGCGGCUGGCCUGGAUCGUCUGCUUCGGGGUGUGGCUGGUGGUGGCCAUCCUCUGCGCCCCCACCUUCCACUUCGCCGCCACGGGCACCCAGAGGAACCGCACCGUGUGCUACGACAUGAGCCGGCCCGACCGCUCCCUCGACUACUACCCCUACGGCAUGGCGCUCACCUGCCUGGGCUUCGUGCUGCCCUUCCUGGCCGUGACGGCGUGCUACUGCCGCAUGGCCCUGCUCCUCUGCCGGCCCGCCGCCUACCAGGGCGUGUCGCGCUCGGCGGUGGCGAGCGAGAAGCGGGACAAGGCGGUGCGCAUGAUCGUGGUGGUGGUGGUGGUGUUCGCCGUCAGCUUCCUGCCCUUCCACCUCACCAAGACACUGUACCUGCUGGUGCGCACGCUGCCCGGCGCGCCCUGCGCCACGCGCAACCUCUUCUCCGUGGUGUACAAGUGCACGCGGCCCUUCGCCAGCAUGAACAGCGUGCUGGACCCCAUCCUCUUCUACUUCACCCAGCCGCGCUACCGCCAGAGCACCCGCCGGCUGCUGCGCAGGGUCACCAUGCUCAAGGACAAGGGCACCAACGUGUGACUGUGUCCAGUGCGGUCCGAUCCCAGAACCAGGGACAGUUUGGCACCGCUCCUUCAAACACGCCGUGACCCAGGUGGUAUGGAGUUCUGCGUAUGGCUGGUAUUCUGCCAGGGCUAGGGGGAAAUAUAUGGAAGAUCUGAACACCAUGAUGAUAUAAGAAGGGAGAUUUAAGUGAUCAAUAUAUGUAUAAAAGUUAGAUGCAGGCAUGGACUGCCACUUCCGUGUUCUGACCACCAGAGGGCGUAUUUGUUCCUUGGCGCUGUAGUACAACUACAUACCUGACCCGCUAUUUCUAAAUUGGAAGCCUCUGGUGGUCAUGGUUGAGUUGAAUUGAUACCAACCUGACUUGUUUUUGUCUGAUGCAGUCGGAUGCAUCCCUUGAUUUUAAUGUGAACAAAAAACGUGUGUGAAUAUGUGAAUGAAAUCUAGACUGCUUAGAAGGGAAGGAGAUGGGGGUUUGAGUUUAGGCUGACCUCUGUGGUUUUCCUCUUCCUGUGUGUGUGUGUGUGUGUGUGUGUGUGUGUGUGUGUGUGUGUGUGUGUGUGUGUGUGUGUGUGUGUGUGUGUGUGUGUGUGUGUGUGUGUGUGUGUGUGUGUGUGUGUGUGUGUGUGUGUGUGUGAGAGAGAGAGACCUUCCCAUGAAACAGAAGUUUCCUUGACUCUGUUUGUGUACAUGUUGUUCAUACUGACAGAAUGGAAAGACGCACUGCGCUUUUGAAAGAGAUUUUUAGGUUAUAAACCAUGAGGUUUCGAUAUGAACACGUUUUCCAACCUUGCAUAUGAGAUAUAUUCUGGUUCUCACAAUCAAUGACAAUGCUGCAGUCAAAUUCCAUGCUUGUAGAAAAAUGCUCCCGAGCCUAAGAGAAUAAAAAAGUUGUACUGUUUUAUAUUAUCUUGCAUGAGAUGCAAAGUUAAUAAAUAUGAAAGUAGGGAUUAUGUUUUAUGGCUUCAGCCAAUGACUAGGCUCACAUGCAAAGGUUCUUCAAACCCCAAUAUCCAAAGUCUAUCAAAAAUGGUAUGCAUCUAAAAAAUUAAACACUGCAUGUAACUUUGGAUACAAGUGUCAGUUAAAUAAUAAAUAUCUCUUGGAUCAGGAACUGAACUAACCAUAAGACAAGUUAUGGCAUCACUAAAACAGGAUGGUUCACCCAUAGAUCCAAAAUAACAUGCCAAAAGAUGUAUCUACUGCUUAUAAAUAUAUAUAUUUAUAAAUAUAACCGCAUGUUUAAACCAAAAUAAUAUACCUUAUACAGUCGGGCAGCUUCCAUUAUAAGGCAUGAUUCAAUAGCAAGCUAUAGAUCUCAGAAUAUUUAAAAUAUAUAUUUAUUUCAUAAAUACUGUGAAUGUGUGGGAUUCCUCGAAUGCAUUACACUGAUUAAGAAUGUUGUCAGAUUGAAAGACUGUGUGUGUGUGUGUGUGUGUGUGUGUGUGUGUGUGUGUGUGUGUGUGUGUGUGUGUGUGUGUGUGUGUGUGUGUGUGUGUGUGUGUGUGUGUGUGUGUGUGUGUAGGUGCUUGCGUGUUACCAUUUAGAGUUUCUAUAUAAAAGUAUUAUUCUUUUGAGAUAUUAUAUUUUUUUUGUAACGAUUCAGAAUAAAAUAUAAUGACAACAUAUUUUUUAGGUUCUAGUUUGAUUUGUACAUAACUAAUGAGUAGUUGUAAUAUCCUAAAUGUAUGUUUUUUUAUGUAGAUUUAAAUAGAGGCCAGAAUUCAUG